AUGGGGACCAACUCACGAUCCAACAGUAAGUCCAAGGCCAGAAUGAGUCAUACUCGACUUCGAAACGGUAGCUCCGGAGGUCAAGGUCCGUCCUCGACUCUCGGAGGAGCUCCAUUAGCCGGGACCGACCGUAUCAACAAAGACAUCAAACAUCGAUUCGAAAUAACGAAAAAGCUUGGUGAAGGUACUUAUGGUAAAGUAUCGCUAGCAUACGACCACAAAACCGAAAAAGAGGUAAAUUAAAGUUUUUACUCCUUUCUGCCUUAAAUUGUGAUAAAAGCCGUAGUGAAUUACCAUUUAUAAUUCAAUAUUAACUUUAAAAACCAAUUUGAGGUCGCCGUUAAACUGAUCAAGAAGAGCGCCAUUGAAAACAAACAAGACUUGAUCAGAAUCCGAAGAGAAAUCAGAAUCAUGUCUAUGCUAAAACACCCAAAUAUCAUUCAAAUCUUCGAAGUGUUCGAGAACAAGGACAAGAUCAUCUUGGUCAUGGAGUACGCCAGUGGUGGAGAACUUUACGACUACGUGGGAAAGCAUGGAAGCUUGCCAGAAUCUGAAGCACGAAGGAUAUUCCGUCAAAUCACUUCAGCCAUUUUGUAUUGCCAUAAGGUGAGAUAUGAGUAAUAACAGUAAUUGUUUUUUAAAACGAAAUUACAUUUUUUAUAGCUAUUUAGAAAACAGUUGAGAUAACAAAAAGUAGCCUCAAAUAACAAAAAAUUACUCGUUUCAGCACAAAGUUGUACAUCGUGACUUGAAACUUGAGAAUAUUUUGUUGGAUGUGAACAACAAUGCCAAAAUUGCUGAUUUCGGUCUUUCCAACUACUUUAGCGACAAAGCGUUGUUAAGUACAUUUUGCGGGUCUCCAUUGUAUGCAUCUCCUGAAAUCAUCAACGGAACGCCCUACAAAGGCCCCGAGGUUGAUUGCUGGAGUUUGGGUAUCUUAUUGUACACCUUAGUUUACGGGACUAUGCCUUUCGAUGGUCAAGACUUUAACCGAAUGGUAAGUUCUUAAAAAAGUUUUUAUAUCAAAGCAAAAACAAAAAGUGACAUUUUAUACCUAAAACAAUUUCAGGUGCGUCAAAUAAAACGUGGUACCUAUUACGAGCCUGAAACGCCCUCAUGUAAGUUCAGAAUUAAAAAAAGACGACUUAGAAAUAUACAAUUUUUAAACCUUUCCACAAUAAAGCUAAUAUGCUAACCGUUUUAGCUGCCUCUAUGCUCAUUAGAAAUAUGUUACGAGUAAACCCAGACCGAAGAGCAGAUAUCGAUGAAAUUGCUAGUCAUUGGUGGUUGAAUUUGGAAGAAAACAUGCCGGUAAUCCAAGAAUUACCAGAAAAUCAGGUAAACAUUCAAUGAUAAUGUCUAUAUUCUCUUAGAUCACCGAUUACACUCCAUUGACUGAACGAGCAGAAGUUCUCUAUGUUCAAGACUUGGCCGAUGAAACCGAUGUCUUCAUGGAGUUCGGACACCUAAGUUCAUCUACUAGACAGAAGAUUGAGGAAUUCAGAAGACGAAGGAAAGAAGCUGAAGAAUACAACGACAACUCUCCCAUCAAACCUCCAAAACGUAAAAAUGAGGAAAAACCUGAAAUGACGGCCAAAGAAAAGAGUUUGCGACAAACAGAGACGGAAGAAAAGAAGAUAGACGUCGCCGGACACAUGAACGAUCCUCUCGAACGACUCCGCCAACUUGAGAAGAAACUACAUACAAAGCCAUCUUCUCCAGAACCGUCUACUUCGCGAACUGAACGUCCAUCAAAAGUCGAACCUCAAAAGAGUGAAGAAAAGCCCAAGGACGAAGACAAGAAGCCAGCGUUCGUUUCCAUCACAGAAGCCAAGAAACCAGCUACUAGCCACAAACCAUUACCCUCAAAUUACAGUUGGAUGGCUGAGAAUGACUCUCUUAACGUGUUGAUGAAUCAGGUACUAGAACAAAUGGACAAAGGUCCUGUAAGCAUCAAUCUGAUCGCUCGAGUCAAAGCCCACCCAAUGUACGAACAUCGUCCCACGAUAAAAGAACUUCUCGAGUCGAUUAUCAACGCUCAACCAGCUUCUGUGCAAAAACAAGCCUCAAAGGUUAUCGAGCAAGCAUGCAACACGAUCAAGGUAAGCAAUUUAUAAAUAAAACAGCAAAAAAAUAAAAAUUUUUCAAAAUUUCGAAAAAUUGUUUUCAAAAAUUGUUUAUAGCCAAAAAAUCAAUAGAGAAUCGGCCAAAAAUAAGUAUUGAUUUUUUAAAUUAAGAAAAAGAACAAAUUAUUUUCAGAAAGAAAAGAAGACCGAAAAGACUCCGAUUCUAAGUCCUACGGUGAAGAAAGUGAACGCGAUUCCGGAAACAAUUCCGGAGGACACCAAGAACAAGUACACAGUCCAGGAACUACCUACAAAGGUCGAUGUUAAGGAAGCCAUCUCUAAACGAGGGGUUCUUGAGGACAGAAAGUGGCACAGUGUUGAAGUUGGCUUCGAAACUGAUGAAGAAUCGUCUGGAUCUACAGGAAGCCGAAAGAAUUCUAAAGUAUCAACCGAACCAAAGAUAACAUUGCCAGUUAGAGAUACCAAAUCGGCUGGGCAUGUUGAGGAAGAAGAAGAGGACUUUGACGAUGAAGAGAAUGAAUGUGAAGAUGAGUCUGAAUAUGAAAGUGAGAUUGACGAACUUGCUGAGGUAGUGGAGCAGUCUGGUCAGAGCAGUAGUCAAGUCAAGACACCGAAGAUAGUUGAAAGUUUGAGUGAACAAGUGGAUGCUCUUCCACAAGUGGAGAUAUCCGCUAAUCACUUGUCCACAUUAGAAAGGAAGUUGGCCAAGAGACAGAGUAAAGGAAAGUAUCAGGUGGGUUUGUGUUUCUGCUGGAUUAGGUAAUAUUGUCGCUUUAUCUUUUCGUAACAUUGUUGGUUUACUUUUAUUUUUCAAUUUUCUGGUGAAAAAGCUAAUAACGUUAUAAAACGCGACACUAUUACUUGAUAUUUUCUUCUUUAAUUUCCUUUUCUUAUUACUGUUUGGGUUCAGCACAGUCACGUCGAAAUGUACGGUCGAGGCGUUUCCACGGAAGCCGACAGUCCUCCAUUGACGAAGAAGCCGAUUGGAGGUCCCCAGCCUUCUCUUAAGCAAUCUCCUAUCCUUUUCGACAAGGUUAGCUUCUCUUCUGUCCUUUCUUCUAUCCGUUAUGACAUUUAUUAACACUUGUCUUUAGGCAAAACAGUUAAUCAUGGAAUAUCCAUUGAAACCUGAGGAAGAAGAGGAAACUGACAAAGAAUCCAAAGCGUCAAAAUGGACAAAGACGCAAGACCCAGAUGUUAGCGACAAAAGUGCAACAGCCACCCCAACACCAAAGUACGAACGUUUUGAUAGACUUAAAACAAUAUAUAGAGCAAUAUAUAUCAAAAAUUUUAAAAAGAAACAACAUUUAUCAAAUAAUAAUGUUGGAUAACACGUUUUGCAUAUGAAAAUUAAAAAAAAGUUAAACAAAAGGUGACGUUACAAGCUUAACAUUACUUUUGUUCUUCUAUAUUCACGGAAAGAUGCCUUUAAUCUUUUUAAUUAGUAAAGUAAAAUAAAAGUUUUUAAAUAGUACAGAAAAGUUAUUGACGUUUACUUUAGUAGGAAAGAGAACAAUGUACCAGCCGCUCCAAAAGCUAAGCAAGAAAGUGAAGAGGAAAGCGAAGAUGAAGGUGAAGUAAUCAGAAAGCCGAGAACAUCUACUAUUAUUGGCUUCAGAACGAUUAAGACUACUGCAGGUAAGCAUUAUAAAUAUAAUUUUAUAAACUUUAAAAUGUCUACUUUGUUAUACGAAAAUUAAUAAAUGUCUUUAGAAGGCCCUCAAAAGGAAGUACAAGUAGUUGAAGUAAAGCCCCAGAAGCCCUAUCAAGGAAUCACUCAAAAGACGCCUCCAGCUGAAAAUGACAGGAGAACCAGUAAAGAGCCAUCUUUGAAGCUUCCAGAAGAAAGAAAAAGGUAUGUACAUCAAUGUGAUCUAAUACAUUUUGUAAUUUUUUAAGCUUUAUAGUCACAUAAUGUCGUUUUUCAUACAUAUAAAGCGUUAUAAUGUCAUUUUUUGCACUUUUUUUAUUUUGCAAUGUAAUUUUGUAUACUGUAAAGCUUUUACAAUGUUUUUCUGUAUACUGUAUCUGUGGAUAUAUGGCUGGAGACUUAUACUUCAAUUUUUUUUCUCAAAAAUAUGAAGUAUAAGUCCCCAGCCAUAUAUGGUCACUGUGAACUAACCACAAGUGGUAUCGCUUGAUUAAAAUUUUAAAUUCGUUUUAUUGUUGUGUUUUUAAGUUAUGAGCAUGAGUCAGAGUCACCACCUUUGUCGCCAACGAAAGCCGGCAAAUUGAGUUACGAAACGGCAUCGCAGUACAUUCGUCGUAAGAACAGGGAGAGACGUGCCCGCACGCUGACCAUCGCCAUCACGGACGAAGCCUGGCAACGGUGGUGUAUUUUUGUGUUGCUUCUAGUUCCAUCUCGAGUGUCUUAUGUUAAUAUCACGGUUUUAGGGUGGCCGAAAAGACGCCAGAGCCGGUUUCGAAGCCGACCAGUCCAGCCGAGCCUCUGAAGGAGAGUCACAUUCCGCCGAUCCUGAGAAAGCACAUGGCUAGACAGUCGUCGAAGGGAGCCGCGGAUUCUAAUUAUCAUAGGAAUUCGUACUUGGAGGACAAGCGGCAGGUAGAACAUCUUUAUUUUACACCAAGUUUUAAGUACACUUUGGUUAUUAUAUGAUAAUAGUAAGAAUUCUGUAACAUAACUUACUUUAGUCAUAUGCUGAAAGAAGAAAGUCCCUCCACGAGUUCUCACCCUCAGAAUCCGAUGACUAUGCUACUGUCUACGGUAACCCCAAGACCCCAACUUAUUCGUCUGCUUAUGCUCCAACUUCAAAAUGUCGAUUCGAUCUUGACGAGGUAUUGUCGCGAACCCACCAUCACGACCCCUAUCCAGCUGAUCCCUUAUCUUCCACUCAUUGGACUUCAUCUCAGGUCCGCCAUAACCCCUAGUGUACUAACAUCUACUUACUUAUAUUUCAAUAACAGUUAAGAUACUAACCAUAAAACUAAUAGUAAGUACAACAUCAUAUUAUGAUUGCUAUGUUGUGUAAUACUAAACUUUUCCUUAUAGCCACCAUUUACCUAUUUCAGCCUUACUCUAGUCAUCGUAUCGACAAUUCUGUAGGUCAUGAACAGCCUCGUCAACGUUUCGAAGUCUACAAGACUCGUGCUGAACGAGAUCGUGCAGCCGCUGCUAAUGGAAGUGCCUACAACUACCAGGAUCGACCGGUCAGUUCAUACAUAUCCGGCUACAAGUCUCAGUACAACGACUACGGUUUGUCAGCUUCUGGUUACAGAAGACCUUCAGCGUACGAUCUCGACCCAGUGAGUACAUCUGACUAUGCUCCAAGUUCUUCGAAUUACGCUCCAGAUCCGUACUUUACAUCGAACAAGGACAGAUUCCGACCGGUCACUCGACGAUUAGGUAACAACGCCAGAGAUGUUGACGGUAGGAGAGCGAGAGCAAGAUCUCAGUCCAAUGACAGGAAGUUUUCGACCAGUUCUAUUACUGACAUCGAUGCCGCUGGUAUGUUUACUCUUUACUUUAACAUAAGAUAGUUUAUUCAUUGUGUAGAAGGUGUUUAUAGCCUAAAUAUUGGUCAAGGAGCCUACAGAAACGUGAAUAGUUAAGAUUGUUUUUAUAAAGGCACUUGUACCUAAUUUUUGACCUACUGAACUUAAAAAAACUUAAAAUUGAAUCCUUCAUAUUGAGGUGACAAAUCUGAACUUAUGUUUAAUCAAAGUUUAUUGUACAAGGUUCACAUGUUAUGUUUCAGCUGCGAUGUCGGCUCGUUUAAUGACCCCCGAAGUGGGGACUGGAGUGACAGAUUACGGUUAUGUCAGUUAUCACGACUCGGGCAACUCUCGGAUUUCACAAACAAGAGAACCUGACAUCAGUUUGGCCCCCACCAGGUCCAUCCUUAAAAACAAACAAGUAAGACAAAAGUUGGGGAUAAGCAUUUAAACUGGCAUAACAAUUAGUUAAAUAAAAUAGCUUUUGAUGACAUUUAUACACAAUAUGGUGACAAAACUUUAAAAUACAACUUUGAUGACAUUUUACUUUUUCAGGCGUAUGAAAUAGAACCGAGGUCCACACAGCCGGUACAAGGUAAGUGAAAGAAACUCUGUCAUGCACUCUAAUCACGAUUUUAUUGUACUAUAGUUUUCUUGAACUUGAUCUAUCGCUAUCGGACUAAUUUGAUCACUUUCAAAUUAUUUCGAAAAAACAAGGAAAAACAGUUUGCCUCCAUUAAAAUUUUGACGGUAUUACUCUCGAUCUAAUAACAAAAACCUGCACUUUCUUCUCUAUCGCAUCACUAUGAAAUAUAUAACCAUUGUUUCACUAUCACUCAACAUAACCUUUCUAUCCUUCCAUCUAAUCACCACUUUCUACUAAUGCGACUAUUUUUGUGUAGCACGGCCUCGGAGUGCGAUCAGUUCGGAGAAGACGAUGGGACCGUUUUACUAUGGUCCCACCCAUCCAAUGCCAUAUGGUGCACCCAUGCGGUUAGGCUCCAUGGGGCCUUCUGGAUUCCAGCUGUUCCACACGACUCCCGUGUAUGGGCAUCCUGCCGAAGGUGCGCAUGUGACGUUCUGUUCGAGUUUGUGUCGUGCCGUGAGAUUUCACCAGAGAAGACGGAGAGUGUUGUGUCAGUUUUACUGUGUAACAGGUGUAGUUGCUACUAACUUUUGUGUCAGCCGGGUGCUCUGCUCAAUCUUACCGUAGUAUUUUAGUUCCUAGAGGUAUCACGCCGGGAAGUGAAGGAUUCGACCCUUUGGCAUCGUCGUCAAGCAAAAAACGAAACUCUGGUCCGUCAAGCUUCUUGAAUCUGCGUCGACGAACGGCCGAGAUUCGGUUGGGAAAUGACGGAAAAAUGAGUACUACUAGUAAUGGGUAAGGUAUUCUCUGACUUUCAAAGAUAUAACCAGUUUUGUGGUAAUUAAACCAGUAGAGAGCCUUACUUUUACCACAAAAUACUAUAGUAAUAUCCUGGUUGACAGAUAUACUCUUGAAAUGUAAACUCUUAUAGUAUACACAUUGACGAUGACUAUAAACGCCCCGCUUCCCCGAUCGACCGUCUGAAGAGUUUGUUCGGCGGAGUAACAAAUAGUACAUCCAAAAAGCCAUCCAAUCCCAUUUACCCAUCAACAAACAGCUCAUCCCGCUACACCUCCGCUCUCCCGACCUCAACCCAGUUCAAACGAUAUGGAGGAGGGUGGUUCUAA